AUGAUGUCGUCAAGAACCAGCCAUACGCAGUAUGCAGAAGAUACCGUGGAAGCGUUAGAAAUAGUGUCCUAUGAUGAACCCAGGGAGCCUGUUACUAUAACACCGACACCUAUUGUUGAUGACGAAGACCGGAACACUUCUGGGUGCACCAAGGAUGCAGUACCUCCUAUCCUAAGAUCCUUUAAAACAUCUAGGUCUUCUACACCCACCACACCUCCAAAAUCGUCCACUCCACCAAUAUCUCCUACAGUCCCCCACAAGCAAACCACCCCACAACCUCCAUCUCGCAAGAGGAAAAGUAGCAGAACGAUAGAAGAAUAUUUUGUUAUGUGUGAGGCGAAUGCAAGAGAGGAUAAUAGGGAGAGGGAAAGGUUGUUUGUAGAAUUAGAAAGAGAGAGGAUUCGACAGAGAGACAUUGAGCUUCGUCAACGAGAUACUGAGCUACAAUUGCAAGCUCAGUGGCUAGAAUUUAUGAAAGGAGCAUUGAAUGUUUUAAAGAAAUAUUUUAGUGAUAAUCAA